AUGGUGCUGGCCACACCGAGGGCUCAGCGCUGGCGCAGUGAGAACUUCGAGAGGCCCGUGGACCUCGAGGGCUCUGGGGACGAUGACUCCUUCCCCGAUGAUGAGCUGGAUGACCUCUACUCCGGGUCGGGCUCGGGCUACUUCGAGCAGGAGUCGGGCAUCGAGACAGCCAUGCGGUUCAGCCCAGAUGUGGCCCUGGCAGUGUCCCCCACACCCGUUGUGCUGCCCACCAUGGACAUCCAGCCUGUGGGCACCCCGUUUGAAGAGCUCCCCUCUGAGCGCCCCACCCCAGGGCCAGCCACCAGCCCCCCAUUGGUGACAGAGGUCCCAGAAGAGCCCAGCCAGAGAGCCACCACCAUCUCCACUCCUACGGCAACCACUGCUGCCACAACCACAGGGACCCCAGCUGUGGCCACAGUGCCCGCCACAGUGGCCACCGCCGCCCCCAGCAUCCCUGCAGCACCUCCUUCCACGGCCACCACCUCCAUCGUAAGGACCACCGCCAUACGGAGGCUUCUGCCUCUUCCACUGACCACGGCAGCCACAGCCCGGGCCACCACCCCAGCGGUACCCUCACCUCCCACCACAGUGGCUAUCUUGGACACAGAGGCCCCAACACCCAGGCUGGUCAACACAGCUACCUCCAGACCAAGGGCCCUUCCCAGGCCAGCUACCACCCAGGAGCCUGACGUCCCUGAGAAGAGCACCCUGCCCCUGGGGACCACUGCCCCUGGACCCACGGAGGUGGCUCAGACCCCAACUCCAGAGUUCUUCCUGACCACGAUCCGGGAUGAGCCAGAGGUGCCAGUGAGUGGGGGACCCAGUGGGGACUUUGAGCUGCCGGAGGAAGAGACCACACAGCCAGACACAGCCAAUGAGGUGGUGGCUGUGGGUGGGGCCGCGGCCAAGCCAUCACCUCCACCUGGGACGCUGCCCAAGGGUGCCCGCCCAGGCCCUGGCCUCCUGGACAAUGCCAUCGACUCGGGCAGCUCGGCAGCUCAGCUGCCCCAGAAGAGCAUCCUGGAGCGGAAGGAAGUGCUCGUAGCUGUGAUUGUGGGCGGGGUGGUGGGCGCCCUCUUUGCCGCCUUCCUGGUCACACUGCUCAUCUACCGCAUGAAGAAGAAGGACGAGGGCAGCUACACGCUGGAGGAGCCCAAACAGGCGAGCGUCACAUACCAGAAGCCCGACAAGCAAGAGGAGUUCUACGCCUAG